GUAUAAAAACGAGGCGACUAAAGUGUAAAACAACCACACAUUCAUCAACUCUCUUUGCAGUUGCAUCUCCCCUCAAAUCUUCACUCAAAAUGAAAUUCUUGGCUGUUCUAGUUGCCUUGGCUGCAGUUUUUGCCUGCGUGAUGGGUCAGGGUUACGGUAACAACGGAAAUUGGAAUUCUUCACCGUACGGUGCCCCUGCUCCGGCAUACGCAGCUCCCGCUCCUGCUCCCGCAUACGCAGCUCCCGCUCCUGCUACGGCAUACGCAGCUCCCGCUCCUGCUCCGGCAUACGGAGCUCCCGCUCCUGCUCCGGCAUACGGAGCUCCCGUUCCUGCUCAGCCCGCAUACCGAGCUGCUGCCGGUGGCUGGUAUUAGAAUGGAGCCAAAGCUAUGGCCAGUCAUUAGAAGGCUGAAUAACACGGAUUUGAAAUGGCUUGCUGAAAGUAAUGGAAGCCUCCAGUAACAUCACAUUUCUGUUUUGUAUUUUUUUCUAAUUCACUGCAAAUUCCGUCAUAAGAAAAUUCAAAUAAAACGAGAAGAAAAAAAGAAUCAUUUUGG